GCGGAGGAGGAGGAGAUGAGACUCGGCAGUCCCCUUCGCACCUCCCCAGUGCUGUCGGAGAGAAAGAGGAGCUGAGCUGGUGGAAAAAUGAACGUCAUACUACUGUCAGCGGACGAGUUUACAUUGCAGACCACGGGCCCCAUACGCAUUUUCAGUUUUCCGCAAACGUCCGGUGAUCCGCUCUGCGUGAACCAAGCGCAGAAAAAGCGGAGACCUCACCACUGCUCGGUGUGCGGAAAGAGUUAUCUUCAGCGGAGUCAUCUGCAGACGCACCAGCGCGUUCACACCGGAGAGAGGCCGUAUGACUGCUCAGAGUGCGGGAAGAGGUUUAAUCGACAUUGUCAUCUCCAGCGACACCAGCGCAUUCACACCGGAGAGAAGCCGUAUAACUGUUCAGAGUGCGGGAAGAGCUUUACUACCCAGAGUUACCUACAAACACACCAGCGCAUUCACACAGGAGAGAAGCCGCAUCAGUGCUCGCAGUGCGGGAAGAGUUUUACUAGACUGAGUAACCUCAUACAGCACCAGCACACUCACACGGGAAAGAAACCGUACGACUGUCCAGAGUGUGGAAAGAGUUUUACUCUGCCGAGUCAUCUUCAAACACACCAGCGCAUUCACACGGGAGAAAAGCCGUACUACUGCUCAGAUUGUGAGAAGAGCUUCAGACAUUCUAAUAGUUUGAAGUUGCACAAAUGCAUUAAGAAAGAGGUGGAAACUCAUGACACUUGAGUUUAUAUAGAACUUGGCCACUUUGCUAUGGUUGACUCUGUUUAUCCAGAAUUGACAGGAAACAGCGUUACAGUGAUCUUUGCUGUGGACAUCAUAGAUAAGGGGUACCCAGCUAUGCUCCUGGUCAUCAGUUUCCCUUCUGUGUUUAAAAUGAUGAACGCCCCAAAACAUGCCAAGGCUCUACAGCCUUCAAAUGACCCUUCGGAUGUACUCAGAGUGACAGAGGACUUUUGCAGGUUUAUGGAAUCUGUGCAUAGCCAAAUCAUGUUUCGCAAUCAGUGAGGGCGAAGAUAGGAGUGUAACUAUAGACUCGACUCCAUUCACAAUACUGGGUUGAUGAUUUGGUAUCACAUUGAGUCCGAUAACUGCAGAAAAUCAGACUAGUCAGUAAUCCAGUCGACGCGUUUACAUGCACUUGAGAAAUCAGAUAAUGGGGAAACUCCAGGUCUACGUGAA